ACACUUUUCCUUUCAAUUUUUGGGAAACACAACUUUUCACCCCUAUCAAUAUUCUCCUACCUCUCGCUUUUCACUUUCCGCAAUGCCAUUUUCCGUUUGACAGUGAAGUUAGUUCUGCUCGUAUUUAUCGCGUGUAAUUUGAUUUUCGUGAAAUUUUCCUCCGGAAAUACAAAAGUGCAACAGUUCGUAUAAAUAAAAUUACAGCUUAAUGAUAAUAAGGAAAAUUCAGAAAGUGUUUGAUAUUUAUGUAAAUGAAAAAUUUGUGUCAAUCUAAACAGCAGCACAUCUAACCUAAAAAGUCACACAACUAGUGGUUGUUGGUGGCUGAAACUGUGUCAAUGGGCGAUGUUCUCAGCCCCGUACCCUUAGCAUUUUAAGGAGUGAAUGAAAAACGAAGGAAUGCCAAAAUAGGGCAGAUAAUAGUAUAGAUGUAUAUGUAUGUAUAAUCAUCGAACACCCGUAGCAAAACAAAAGUAAAAGUACCCGGCAUUAUUGUGGUACUCACUUCGGCGAUCGUAAUAACACAAAGUACUGUACAGAAGAAAUUAGCAGAUUGGUUACAAAAACAAAAAUCAUAAACACGAAAUAAAUUGAAUUAGACGUUUGAUAUUAGUAAACCACGAGCUAUCAGCGAAUAUUGUCGCGCGUGAAAGUUCUCAGUCUUAUCGUGACACUCGAACCAAACGCAAGUGCUUAACAGGCAGAAAAGUAACUACUUUAUGACAGUUUGAAACUAUGCGCGCCGCAAACGACUUACAAUCACCCACCAGCGAAAUGGUGUUAUUAACACCAGUCAGUGAAACGGCGCCCAGUGCUACAACAGAAAAUGCCACCGCAGCGGGGAUGAGCAAUGGCGGUGUUGGUGGACAACGUGAAGGAUCCGCUGAAUCGAAUACCAGCGCUGUGCGUAUGAAGAAACAGUUGGGAUUACUUGAAGGUGUCGCUAUCAUAUUGGGUAUAAUCUUUGGUUCGGGCAUUUUUAUAUCGCCCAAAGGUGUGAUACGCGAAGUAGAGGCGGUGGGCACUUCGCUUAUUAUUUGGGUGUUAUGCGGUUUGUUGUCGAUGAUUGGCGCGCUUUGUUAUGCCGAAUUGGGCACGGCGAUUCCGAAAUCUGGUGGUGAUUAUGCGUAUAUUCUCGAAGCGUAUGGCUCGCUACCCGCUUUUCUCUAUCUAUGGGAUGCAAUGAUGAUCUUUGUUCCUACAACGAAUGCCAUUAUGGGCCUCACCUUCGCCUCGUAUGUGCUGCAGCCCUUUUUCGACAAUGAGUGCAGCAUACCGGAGGGUGCACUACAACUGCUGGCCGCUGUAACCAUCUGCUUCCUGACCUACCUCAAUUCGUGUUAUAUGAAAGUAACGACGAAAAUGCAAAACGUAAUUAUGUUCACUAAAAUAGCAGCUUUGGUGCUAAUUAUCAUUGUGGGCGUUGUUUGGAUGUGCAUGGGUCAUGUGCAGAACUUCGAUAAGCCCUUUGAAAACACACAGACCGAUCCUGGUAAACUGUCGGUUGCCUUCUACUCGGGCAUUUUCUCCUACGCCGGCUGGAACUACUUGAAUUUCAUGACAGAAGAACUGCGUGAUCCAUAUAAAAAUCUGCCGCGCGCUAUCUACAUUUCAUUGCCGCUGGUAACGGCUAUUUAUGUGCUCGCUAAUAUGGCCUACUUGGCAGUGUUGGCGCCCGCGGAAAUGAUCGCCUCCGAUGCAAUAGCAGUGUCCUUUGGCAACCGUGUGUUGGGUCUAUGGUCCUUCAUUAUACCCAUUAUGGUGGCGAUAUCGGCUUUUGGCGGGCUCUCGGUGCAUAUAAUGACUUCCUCGCGGAUGUGUUUUGUGGGCGCGCGCAACGGUCACAUGCCAGCUAUCUUGUCCAACAUAAGUGUGAAGCAAUUUACGCCAGUGCCAUCGCUGGUCUUUUUGUGUAUUUUGUCCAUUAUAAUGCUCGUCGUGAGCGAUGUUUAUGUGCUCAUCACUUACAGCAGCAUAGUGGAGUCGUUUUUCAUAAUGCUUUCGGUGUCGGCGGUGUUGUACUUCCGUUAUACCCGCCCCGAUAUGGAACGUCCAAUUAAGGUUUCGCUUUGGAUACCAGCUGUGUUUGUUGUGAUAUGUGCCUUUCUGGUGAUCGUGCCCGUUUAUGUAGCCCCCUAUGAAGUUGGUAUGGGUGUUCUGAUAACGGUUGUAGGUGUGCCGUUCUACUACGUCGGUGUUGUGUGGAAGGAUAAGCCAAAGAUUUUACAGUCUGCAAUUAACCAAUUCACUUACGCGUGCCAAAAAAUGUUUAUGACAGCCAAAGAGGAGAAAUAUGAAUGAUUCCUAUGUUAGAUAAAUACAAUAAUCUUCAUUUCAUUAUCAUUUGCUUAUUUAUUGCUAUUUUCUGUUGUUGUUGUUUACUUUCCAAAGACUAAUACUCACCGAUCAACAUUUUUGUAUGUAUGUAAUUCUGUACAUAUGUAUAGUUUAGGUAUAUAAUUUACGAUACAUGAUAUAAAGUUGUAAAAGUAAACAAAGAAAAAAUUAAUGCUAACGAUGUACCGUAAGCUUUUCGCAGUUUAUAUUUUAUUAUGACAUUUUAAGCUUUUGCAUUAUUUGAUUGUGUCACAAAAAACGUUUAACUUAAGAGGUAGAAAACCAUUCUACAAUACCUAACCUUAAAUUUGCGCUAUAAAUGUGUUUCUCUUGUUCAUAAAAUCAGAUAACAUAACUGCCCUCCUAUUUCUUUUCUUUUUUCAAAUAAGAUCUUAAGAUUAUAUAUAUUCAAUUCGUUUGCAAUUAAUUUAUGCUAAAUUAUAAAGUUCCGUCGAAAUAUAUUAAUUUAAAUUAUGAAUUGCUUUGUAAACAUGUCUUCGGCGAAGUUCUCGCCAGCGAUAAGUUAGUUGAGCAUUUACUAUUAAAAAAUGUUUAGUAAUCAUUUACAAAAGAUUGUAUGUCUUUAGUAAUGCAUUUUGGUUAAAAUACAUUUACUUACAUACAGGGUUGCAAAUAAUGUAGUGAAAAAUAAUUGAAUUAACAUUUCACGUCAAGCGCAGGCAUUCUACUCCUUAUGGACUUGGUAACGGAACUCCAGCUGGUGUCACAAAGGACUAAAACUGGUCUAUGCAUAAGCCUACAAAACUAACCUAACCUAACAUUGAAUACAUUUUUUUGUAUUUCUUAAUCCCGAAAAUCUUAAUUAAAUUAAUUUUUGACCAUUUAAUCCCAAAUAUCGGACUGAAAAAAAAUUUAAUUCCAAAUACAAAUAUGUAUAUAUUUGCUUAAUCACAAAAACUGGAUAAAAAAUUUAUUUUUAGAAAUAACAGAUUAAAAAAGGGUUUAUUAUAAUCAUAUAAUUAAGAACUAAAAUAUGAAAUUGCUUCAGAAUUAAUUUUUUUCGCGUUUCCGAACUUCUUGUUCUGCCAGUUUGACCUAGAAUUCGGAAAGAGCCAUCAACUCCAUUACUCUAUUGAAUUGGUCUGCAACCUUACACAUUCAAACGACUUAUAUUUCGGAAAUGUUUAUGCUGAUUUUGGUAUUAAAAAUUAAAUUUUAAAUUUUCACGCUUAAAUUAUAAAAUAAAAUUUCAAAUUGUUGAUCACAAACAUUUGGGAUUGAAAAUUAGAUAUAUUUAAGUUUUAAAUAUUAAUUUUCGAAAAUUGAAAAUCUAAUCCACAAUUUUUGAAUUAAAAAAUUUGCAACCCUGCUUAACUUAUAUAUACAUAAAUAAGUGUACAAAUAAAUAGAAGUCACGCCAAAAAUUCACCAAAAAGAAACCAACUUGUUGUCAUUCAAACAAUUACAAUUAUAAU